UCCGCCAUCUCGCAUCAUCAUCAUCAUCAGCAGCAGCAGCAGCAUCGUCAGGGCUGGUCACGUGGCGCGUCGGAAGCAGGGACGGGCGGUAGUGUGGGUGUGUCCUUUCAUUCAUAACUCCGGCGCAUCUCCAAGCUCCCCCUGAUUCAAGGAUGCAGACGGGGGCAAGCAGGCUGGACCGGAAUUUUCGCCCCGAGGAGGACCCCCACCACCGUCACCAUCACCACAACCAUUUGGUGCGCGCACAGGCGAGUUGAUGCUGAUGCGAUACUAUAUAGUUUGAUUAUGUAAGAAGAUGUUUGGCGGCCAUGCAGUUGUGGAUCAUCGCACUGACCGUGAUUUGUUCCCACGCAGGCGGGCUGGGAGCAGCGGGGCAUGUGGGACGCGGGAGACUGCAAGAUGCUGAGGAUGAUGAGGGUCUCCGUGUAGUCAGGGAAGCGGCUUCAACACCUUCUGUUUCGAACGCUUCACCCACGCUGACCUGGACCAUGAGCAAUGAUUCGCCUGCUCUGACAAUUCUGACCGAGAACUCUACUGAUUUGCCUGUGUCGGCGGACCAGGUGGAAAAUUAUGUGCUGCUCUUGGUGCUGCUGAGUGUUUUCGCUGGGGGGACGCUGGUUUUGCUCUCCCUACUGCUCCUCUUCUGCCACCGCUGCUGCAUGGGUGGGCGCCGCUACUCCAGAGCAAGUGAUGACCCUGAGAAGACAAACACGACUUACGUUGAAGAUACUCAACCCACCCAAGAGAUCACCAUUCGUCUGGAUGAAACAGACGCUCUCUCAGCUUCCAGCGGCCACGACGGAGAGUCAGAAAGAUUUGUUUCCACCGGGUUGACAGGCCGCAGAGUCUCCUUCAACGAAUCUGCUCUGUACGAACAGGAGAGGAUGAUAGAGGACAAAGGGCGCAGAUACACUCUGACGGAGGGGGAUUUUCACCAUCUGAAGAAAGCUCGGCUGACUCACCUCCACCUGCCGCCAGCCCCGUGUGACCUCAAGAUCCUCACCAUCAUGGAGUGUGACUCAACUGAGAGCAGUUCUGUCAACAUCAGUGAGGUGCCAACUCCCAAACUCCCUCUCUCUAUCUACCAGCCAACAGAGAGAAGAAUGUCUGACUGGUUGGGUCAGAGACUCAGCGGAGGUUUGCCAGGAGAUACACAGCACUCCAUCGUCCUGGACCAGAUUGCCAGAAGCGGCUCUCUGACAUUGGAGGCUCUUGGGGGCAGAAGAGAGGCUCAGAGUGAUCACAUGAUGAGGGGUGAGACCACCCAUGCUCCCGGCCAGACUUCAGUUCUACAGUUCUUGUCAAAACUGAGGCGCCACACCAGCCUGGAGGGAGCUGGGCCCUAUUUCAAGCGCUGGAAGUUUGAAAGAAGCCACCGGGCCGCCAGUCUCGAUGCCAAAGGAUCCCCAAAGAGAAGACCCUUCCAGAGGCAGAGAGCAGCAAGUGAAACCACUGAACAUGCCGAGGAUGACUCUUCUCUCUGCAAUGAUGCAACAGGGUCUUUCCCACAAACUCCCAGCCAGACCAGUGGCCUCCAGUCUCUGUCUGCUGAGUCUCUGUCUCAACCUUCCAUGGAUCACAACGCCUCUGUCUCCCACAACAGGCUAAAUUUGGAGGCCGUGGUGGUGGAGGUCAGUGCUGUCAGCAACAGGAAAGAAGAACCACCUUGGCAAACAGAUGAUUGCUCCAUGCAGAGACAGAAGAGUAUCUCAGGCAACAAACCAGGAGUAGAGGAGGGAUUAAAACCAGAUGCAGUCACAAGGACGGGCAGUGACAGGGUUGAGUCUGAACCUCUAGAGGAGGACGACUUGUUCGAGCCACAACAGGAAGCCAAAGUCGUUCAGUUUGAAGACUCAUCCAGGAAAAUACCAGAUUCCGAUCUGAAGCAAAAUUGUGAGAUGGAAAUAGAUGAAGGAGAAGAGGCGCUGUUAGACUUUGAGAGCAGACCCAGGGCGGAUUCAGGUUCUUCUCUUUCCUUUGGGCUUCGGCAGGAGACUUUGGAGGCUCAACCAUCUCUCUACAGAGACAUCUGGAGCUUGCGAGCCUCCCUUGAGCAAUACGCAUCCUCGGACCAAAGCAGCACCGACCGGGAGUCCAUCCGCAGCGAUGCUGAAAGCGUCUCAUCACUGGGUUGUGCUGGAGCCCGUACUGGACAGCUGGAUAGUUGCUUGUUCCAAGACCUGGACGAUGAGCCUGAUGUAGAAGGGGAGGUGAUGGAUGGAGGCAUCAGAGGGGCAUCGGGUGGGGCCAGCGAGACAGGAAAUGGGGUCGACGGAGAAGGUGAGGUGGGUAACCGCAAGCUCCUUCAGAUGGAUAGCGGCUAUGCCUCUAUUGAAACGCCAUCCAAGGGGCCUGAGGAGAUGCGCAUUUUUGGGACUCCUGCAGCUCCUCGCGGAAAGACUGCCUCAGAGAGGAGGUUGUUCUUCACAAGCUCAGGGAGAAAAUGUUCUGUGUGCGAGAGCACUGAGACCAAAUUGUUCCAGGAGGAGCUGGAAGAGGAUUUAACUGAAAGCAUAGAGGAGAAGCACAAGGGUAGUCUCUCGCGCCAAGAACCAGAUCUACUCAUCAAAUCACUUCCUCAGAAACAAGAAGCCCUGUCACACGUAACAUCUCAGCUGUUGAAGACAACCUCUCAGCCUUCUAGUCCUCACCGACCUCGUCUACACCGCCGCGACUACAGCAUUGACGAGAAGACGGACGCACUUUUCAACGAGUUCCUCCGACAUGACCCGAGGUUUGACCAGCCAGAUUCGCCAUUUCGAACCAGGCAUCGCUCGAGAGUGCACCUGAGGAAGCAGUGGCAGAGACACAAGCAAUACAGCGACCCCGGAUCGGGGGGUCGCUACUCACCAUCUCUAGAGAGGCAGAGGUUCACUCCGCUGCCGAGAGGCAACAGCGCCAGUUACCCUCUGGACACCAGGUAUCACAGCACACUGUCACGCAUCGCGAGCGCAGCGGAUGAAGAAGCCAAUGAGAUUGCGGCCUGCGAGGAGGCAGCCAAAGAGAGCACAGCGGAUGCGUCCCGUGACGGAGCCACUUCAGAGAUUAUAGCCAAUGUGACUGUGAGUGGCCAGAUUGACGGUCAGCAAACUUCUUCCAACAUUAAAAGCACAAGCAGUCAGUGGCCCGCCGCUGGACCUACACUCUGCAUGGACCCCCGAGUUGAAAACAGGAACAACAACAGCAGUCUGUCUAGCAGCCUGACAGACAAACUGACAGCAGCGGUGGAGGAUAGGCUCUACAGUAGCCUGCGGAGGUCCGAACUCAGCCAGGGAGGAACCGAAAACAUAGUUGCCGCCUCUCGCACUGCCUCACCUGACCACAGUCCAAUGUAACCCCAUCAUAGCCAUACCCCAGAUUUUCAUUUUUAAAAAUGUUUGCUAAAUUAGUCUGACAUGUGCCGCAUCAUAAAACCCCGUUAAUCGCGGGGUUCCAAAUCCACCGACAAUAACUGAAGAGCCGCAAUAGUGACCAUAUAAAAAGUUUUUUUUGUAGCUUUAAACCUCCCACACACUUUGACAACAUUUAAACGUAUUAGGAUAUAUCAACUUUCAAAAACACCUGUUCUCACUCUCCCGCUCACAUUACUUCAAAUUUGAGGCAAAGCGUGCUUGCUUCAAGCUGUUUGUUACUCCCAGUUGAAGUUAACUGUAAAACUGACACCAAAAUGUUCAACCAAACCAUAUAAAUGUAUCUGACAAAGGUGCACUAGCUUAAUGCUAACAUAUAAUGAGAAACACCAUAGAUGGGCUAAGAUCAAUUAGCAUAGAUGUUACGGUAACUAUAAACCUUCAAACAAUAGCUACUUUAACACACGCUGAGCAGCGACACGUGAAAACAGAGCAUACAACAACACUCACAGGCGUAGAUUCUCUCUGCAAUGAACUGAAAAAUCUGCGAUGAACCACUAAUGGGCGAACACUGUAUUAUAACCUUACUGAUGGCCUCCGCCAGCAUUUCCUCUCAGACCUUAAUCUCCACUGUGAUGCCAUGUGCUGUGACACGUGACGCCCCUUUUUAUCUGCUCAACAUAUUGCACAGAAUAACAUAGCGCCUCCCUCUUGAGAAAUAUUUUGAAACAAACUAAGUUUACCGCAUGCUACUACUACUACUGCUACUACUGUAUGUCCGAAACUAUGUGUAAGUGAAAGACUAUAUAGUUUUAAACUUAAAAAACAAAAAGCACUUUGUUAGGAAGACACAUCCAUGUUACCAUUUAUAUCAUGAACAACUAUAAACUCCGCAAGUGUCCUUCGUGUUUCCGUUUAUAUGAAGGCGUAUUUGGCAAAAGGUACAUUUUAAACCCUGCCAGUGUUUGCACUUCUCUCUUAUUAACAACAGUGAAGAGUGUUUUGUGCACAAUGAAGGGAAUUCAGGUGAAGUGUUGGAUGGAUUUUAAAUUUUUAUUUUUAGAAAUAUUGGCAGAAAAUGCCAUGCGGAGAAAGACCAAAACAAUUCAGCCCCAUUGUGCUGUGGACCUUUUUCAUGUGAAAACAUUAGGUAUACCUACCUGCACAAUCUAGCACUGGUGCUCAAAGGCCCAAAUUACAUUUUUUAUUUAAUUUCAUGGACAGCUCAUUCAUAGAUGAGGCUAAAAAUAUAUUAAAAGUGUAUGUAAAAUGCAGAUUUUAAUUACAUAAUAACAUUCUAAUUUUAAAGUUUUGCAUUUAUAAUUUAAUCAUAAUUAAGAAACUAAUGAUUUAAGAUUCUUUUUAAAAAGGAUGUCACAAUUUAUAUGUAAUUAUUUUAGUAAUAAAAUAUAUUCAUAUUAGUCAACCAAUUGUAAGGGGAAAAUUAUUACGACAAAUAUUACAGGACUCUUGAUAAUGUGAAUGUUCGUCGGGUCUGAUUAAACAAAGAAGCGAGCCUUUGCCCACCCUCGUCACGUAUAAUUUCAGUUGCAUUAAUUGAAACCUAAAUGUUACAGGGAAACAAACAAUUCAUUGAAGUCUUCCUCAGUUUGAACAUAGUAAAGUGAAAUCUCCAAUGUGAAACAUAAUCUGUUACACUGCAAUCUUUCUUUUUAUUUUAUUUUAUUUUAUUUUUUAUAAUUGUCAUACAAGUAUAAAGAUAAGUUAACCACUGUAUAAUACAACUAAAAUAAAAAAGACAUAAUGGCGGGAACAGGAAAGUGUUUGCAUAGCAAUAAUGUCAACUGGUGGUGUCUGUCACAUGUUGAGCUUUGUACAGUAUGUACUGUUUAACAAAUCAACAUGGUUGUGGAGGAAAAACAGUAAAAUACAGUAUGUGAUUUGUUUGGCGAGCUUCUCUGGUCAUUUCCAUGCUAUAGUCAAAUCAAUAUAAAUGAUAUUUAAUGAAUUCUAUUGCACAUUUUGUACUAAACAGCCACACCAUUUCACAAUAACACAAAAAAAUACAUUUUCUUCUCUAUGGUUAUCCUCAUACUUCCAAAAACUUGCAUGUUAUAUUAAUUGAAAACUCUAAAUUGUCCAUAGGUGUGAAUAGUUGUUUUUCUAUAUGUGCGAUUGAAUGGCGACCCAUCCAGGGUGUACCCAGCUUCUCCCGGAAAAAGUAAUCUUAGGUUCAUGGAAGACUCUCAGGGGUGUCAAACUCAUUUUUGUCGUGGGCCAUGUAGUUAUGGUUUCCCUCAAUGGGCCGUAGUGACUGUGAAUCCUUAAAAAUGUUUAAUCGCCUUCAUCACAUUUUUACAUAUACACAGAAAAUUUAUGGAUAACUAGCUUUGAUGUCAGACGUCAAGGAUAAUGGUUUGUUCAGCUAUUGUUUAAAUUACUGUAAAAAGGGGGUUUGGUAACAAAAACCUGUUUGCAAUAUCUCAGCAUUAUUAUUUAUUAAAUAUGCCAAUUUGAAAUUUUGGUACAGAUUUAUAACAAGAAUCAUGAAAGUUGACGCACAUAAUUUGCUCUCACGGGCCCCAUAAAAUGAUGUGAUGGGCCAGAUCGGGCACCUGUGCCUUGUGUUUGACACCAGUGAUCUAAAUUGUUCGUAGUUGUAAAUGUGAGUGUGAAGGAUUUUUGUAUGUCUACAUGUGCCCUGCGAUUGAAUGGCAUUCAGUCCAGGGUGUACCCUGGCUGCCUCUCGCCCAAAAACUCCACCUCACCUUCGACCCUAAAGAAGAUACGCGGUUUAUAAAAUCGAUGGCUUGACUUACAUUAUUAGUGCAAUUGAUGGCUAUAUGGCAUCACUAAUCUCAAAUAGCUUUCCAACAUGAACAGAUGUAGCAUAUAGUUCGUCAUCACGUCCACUGCCGCGUGUAACCGAUGUGUGAUAGGAAUGUCAAUGACGUGUAAUACAGGCAGUCAUUUCAACACAGAAGGUUGGAAGCUGGCGAGCGUGCGCGUCUCGUCUUUUGUGCCGCGCUCACGUUGAAGUAGUGGCUUUAUAGUGGGGGGUGAGUCAUGCAGAAAAUUCAUCCAUCAUCCACGAUAAAUACCCUAAGGGACAACCUGACGCACAAUGCUCCUUUGUCCAAAUGGAAUUUUUUUUAAAAAAAAGAGAGAUGUUUGCUACAUUUUACUGUUGAACAUUAUUCUGUGAAACGCACAUUUCCUGUCCUCUAUAUAAAAAUCCCUACAGUGGAUAUAAAAAACAGUCUACACACCCCUGUUCAAAUGCCAGGUUUUUGUGCUCUAAAAAAAUAAGACCAAGAAUAAUCAUUUGAAAACAUUGUUUUCACCAUUAAUUUAACAUAUAACCUUUACAGAUCAAUUGAAAAAAAAAAUUCAAAUUAUUUCGAGGUGUAAGUAAAAAUAAACAACUCAGAUGGUGUGGUUGCAAAAGUCUGCACACCCACAUAUAAUUCAGAAUUAACCAAUCACAUUCAAACUCAUGUUAAAUGGGAGUCACAGCACACCUGCCACCAUUUAAAGUGCCUCUGAUUAACCCCCAAUAAAGUUAAGAGGUUGCAGGAGGCUUUUCUUGACAUUUUUGUUGCCACAUCUUACAGCACAAGAUUCCACAACAACAGAGAGAUCCCAUUAUCAGUCAAGUGAAGGGAACAAAAGAAUUUCCAAGGUAUCGAAUAUACCAUGGAACACAGUGAAGAAUGUCAGCAUCAAGUGGAGAAGAUCUGGCACAACAGCAACGUGACCAAGAACUGGACAUCCCCCACCCCCCCAAAAACAAUGAAAAGACGAGAAGAAAACUGGUCAGGAAGGCUGCCAAGAGGCCGACAGCAACGUUGAAGGAGCUGCAGGGAAUUUCUGGCAAGUCCUACUUCUUAGUACAUGUGACAACACUCCAGUCUUGUUCUUGCCUGGGCUAUGUGGUAGGGUGGCAAGGGGAGUGAUUCUCAAAGUGUGUAGUGUUACACAGGCACCCUCUAGUGCCAGAAUCACUGCCUGGCACAGUUCAGUUGUAUUUAAUGUUUACAUCUUUCUCAAGAACUGUUUGUUCUUAAAAAUGUAUUUAUUUUUUAUCAUUUACCUUAUUUUAUUCAACUUUGUGCAAUACUAUUAUUAAUAAUGUAAUUAUUAUUUAGGUCAUUUUCACUGUCCUAUAUUUAAGCGCAGUAGUAAUGUUCCAACUGUGCAUGUUACAGUGGCAUAUAAUAAAAUUAAAUAUUUGCUAUUUAGAAAUAAAA